AAGUUUCAAAGUAGAGUAAAAGAUAAGGAAAUGACACAUGUCAAACCACAAUUGCUCAUCACAUUUCCACCUCAUCAUCCAGAUAACAUCCAAAACAUCAUCACCUUCCCCCCUUCACACAACACACACAGAGCUAACAGCUCCUCCUCAAUGGCGGUUUUCACAAACUAAAUCAACACUCAAUCUUCAACAAUGGCUCCAUCUCUAACCGCCAAUUCAUUCCUCUUAACCACCACACCUCACACACAUCUCACAUCACUCAAAACCAGAAGAUUCAUCCUAUGCGCGAAGAAAUCAGAUACCGAUUCGGAUACUCCGAAUCCGAAUUUGAAUUUAAAUUUGAGUCAAUUUCGGUUGAAUUUUGAGUUUGCGAAGGUGAGUGAUGUGAGGUCGUUGAUACCGGUCGUUAGUAAAACGGCGUCGUCUGGUACGGUGUUUGGUAAGCGGAAGGAUCCGAAUACGGUGUUUGUUGCCGGAGGAACUGGACUGGCUGGAAUUCGGAUUGUUCAGAGCUUGCUCCGAGAAGGCUUUAGUGUUAGGGCGGGUGUGCCGGAGCUUGGAGCCGCUCAGGAUUUGGCGCGGCUGGCGCUUGAUUAUAAGGUCAUCUCCACUGAAGAAUCCAAACGUCUAAACGCAGUCGAAUCCACAUUCCAAGACCCUGAAGCCAUUGCAAAAGCAAUCGGAAACGCCGCCAAAGCAGUAGUCACAAUCGCUCCUUCCGAAAACGGUCCAACCACAGAGGUCACAACAUCAGAAGCCCUGCAGUUAAUUCAAGGCGCUCAACUAGCCGGGGUGAGCCACGUCAUCAUAAUCUAUGAAACAUCACCACCGUCUUUCACCUCAACCAACAAUGUACUCGAUGGGAUCUCAAUGUUCUUCAACAACCUGUUUUCAAAAACACAGCCGUUGACUUUCAAAGAGUUUGUAGAUGGAUUGAUUGCAACUGAUGUGAAGUACACUUUGAUCAAGACUAACAUGAGCGAUGAUGAUGGUUAUGAGAGUUCGUAUAACUUUGUUGUGUCGGCUGAAGGGAUCACCAGGGAAAACGACUACAAAGUAGCAAAGUCGAAGAUUGCAUCAUUGGUGGCGGAUGUUUUCUCCAAUACAGAAGUAGCUGAAAAUAAGGUUGUUGAAGUUGCUACAAGUCCUGAUGCAGCUGCAAGGCCUGUGAGUGAACUUUUCAGUGCCAUUCCGGAGGACGGUAGAAGAAAAGCUUACGCAGAAGCCAAUGCAAAGGCAAAAGCCGAAGAAGCCAUGAUAGCUGCUGAAAAAGCAACCGAAUUAGCCGAGAACGAGGUUAAUAAUCUGGACCCCCUAGACGACUUGCAAGAACGUGCCACAACAGCCCGAAAGCAAUUCACAAACCUCGUUGACCGGUUCAAAACCGUCACUAAUGCCACAGAGAAACCCGCACCCGAACUCGCACCCAAAGGCAGCUCUGACCAAGAGUCAGACGGUGCACCAGGGUUAGCCUUGUCAUGGGAAAAACUAAGCUCAAGGCUCGCAACAGCGGUUAAGAAUAACCCAAUUGAGCUACCGAAAGUGCAGAUUGCAACGGUUAGAGGUCAAGCCAAGGCUCAGUCCUUGACACCUAAGAAAGCCGUGGUCAAGAAGCCUGCGACGGCUAAAAAGGUGUCACCGCCGGUGCAGCCCAAACCCAAGGAGUCGAAAGCAGACGUGAAGAAGAUUUUUGGGGGCAUGUUUCAACAGGAAACCAUUUAUGUUGAUGAUUGAUCAAUUUUAGUAAUAUAGUUGAAUCCUGGUCCCUUCAACUUAUUCCAUUAAAUCACACGUUACAUUUAGUUGAUUGUGUAAAAGUUAUUGUUUUCAAAAUUAUAUAUAAAAAAAAUAAAGAUUGUAUUUAUUCAAGUAUUGGAUCAAGAUUUUGAAAUACUUGAUUUAAGAAUACUUGAGAGACAAGAAUUGAUAAAUGGUUAAUCGUUGUGAUCA